GUGUAUGGGAGGGUUCUGGGCACCCAUGGGUGGGAGUAGGGUGCAUGGGGGGUUCUGGGCACCCAUGGGGGUGUGGGACUUACAUGAGAGGUGGGUGCUGAGCUUCUCCUGGGGGUGCAUGGAGCAUGUGGGGCCACCCCCAGUGCUGUGGGAUGGAGCUGCGGAGGGUGCUGAGCACCCAUGGGUGGCACCAGGCACCCAGGGAGGUGCCGCAGUGACCCACAGAGGGCUUUUUGGGGGGGGUGCAGCACCCUGACACCAGCGAUGGCGAGGCCAGGACAUGCCUGGAAGCGCCGGCCAUCGGAUGAAGAUGAGGAGGAGGAGGACCCGUUGGAUGCCAUGAUCUCGCGGACGGGCUGCGCGGCGCAGCACCGGGCGCUGCAGGAGUGCAUGGCGGCGCGGCAGGACUGGCGGCACUGCCAGCCCCACGUCCGGGCGUUCGGGGAGUGUAUGGCCCGGAGACAGCGUCCCCAGGAACCACCACGGGGGUCCAGCUCCCACCAAACCCACCCGGCACCCAACGGGGACUGAAAGCACCGGGGACACCCCCCCAGUUCCCGGUCAGUUCGCCAUCCCCACCCAAAAUUGGGUGGUUGCACCGUUUGACCCCUUUUUUGGUGUUUUUUAUUCCAUUCCGCGGAAUAAAAUCCAGGCUACGUUGUUGGGAAAUGAAA